GUUGGAUUGUGUUCACAGUCGACCUGCUGGGCCUGUUAAACUGGCGAUCAAGUCCGCACAGUGUGGAGGGCAGCCUCAAACGGCUCAUGGAGGUGGAUGGCGGCGAGAUUGUGAAGUUUUUGCAGGACACCCUCGACGCCCUCUUCCAAAUCAUGAUGGAGGUUUCUGGCGGGGACACGUACGACUUUCUGGUCUUCGAUGCUCUGGUCUUCAUCAUCUCUCUGAUCGGAGAUAUCAAGUUCCAGCAUUUUAAUCCAGUCCUGGAAGCUUACAUCACCAACCAUUUCAGUGCGACCCUGGCCUAUGUGAAGCUGGCAAAAGUGCUGAACUAUUAUGUGGCACAAGCCGAAAACCCAACGCAAACCGAUCACCUUUUUGCGGCUUUGAAGGUGCUGAAGUACAUUUUCCGUUUCAUAAUCCAGUCCCGGGAGCUCUACUUGCGGUAAGGAUGACGCUCUAACUGGCAAAUUGUCAGUCCGUUCCGACAGAUUUCCGUCACCCUCAAAGCCGAGGUCGAACUCAGUGCCUCCAAUGUUGGAUACAAUUGUUAAAGGUCAUUUGUAUUUUCCGUUCAGAGCUUGCCCCUUUGUAUUGGGAAUCCAGCUCUCCCUGCUGCCCCGCUGCUGUAAUGACACCCUCCCCAAUGGUCAACACCAUUAGCGCCUCCUCAGACACCACAGGUUUCUACGUUCACGUGCAGCGAGACCCGGACAAUGUCCAGGCUGACGCAUGAGGUUUUGGGAGCCGAAACCAGAAGGUGGUUAUGACCCAAACAGCAAGUGAUCGGGAAAGAGAGAGGUGCGACGUCCCUUCUAUUCCACUGGCUGCAAGUCAGCCUUGCAGGAGUGGCAGGCAGUGGGGGAGGCCAGAGGGAUAUUGGGCCUCCAUAGCGAGAGGAUUGGACCGCAGGGAUGGAUAGGAGAGACCACACCCUGGGGUAUUGUGUGUGUGUGUCUGUGUGUGUGU